AUGAAAUUCUUCAACGGCUCGCGAAGACCAAAGAUGAUUGUGUGGAUCAAGGGAUCGCUGAUGACCUCUAAAGGGUUGGAUUGCCUUUGCCAUUGUUGGUUCCAAGCCUCUCGAACCUGCAUGAUAGUGCGCGCUGAGGUUACAGCGAACCAUGAAGAGCUAGUAGGCUCCCCCUCAUGGGCCGGGAUAUUUUCGAGAUGGAGCUCUGUCAAUUCCCUUAUUUUCUUGGUUGACGUGUCUCUUAUUCUCCAUAAAAUCAUGGUGGACCGUGGACAGGCAGGCACAUGGGUUUAUUCUAGUGUACGACCCCACCCCCCCUGGUCGCUGAGGAAGAGCUGGCCCGGUCGAUGUCGUGAUGGAAUGAUGCUAUCAUGCGGGGUCGACUGGGCACGGAGGGGAAAGCCCACCAGCAAGUCUCCGGUCACCCCCUCCUCCAAAGCAGGCCUUUCGAAUCGACGCGAGGGCGGGAAGAUCGUGAGCCUGUACAUCCGGGCUUGCGAUGGACAAAGUUUGCGGAGAGCAGAUUGCUGA